UACUUUUAAAUUUUAAAAAAUGAAACCUUAUUAUGGUGAAUUUUUGUUUUUGUUAUUGUUAAGUAUUGUCCGCAAAGUAUUCAGUGUCCACUUUGAUCCUUUAGGUUAUGUAGUGUAUUGUCCUUGUAUGGGCAGAUUUGGCAAUCAAGCGGACCAUUUCCUAGGGGCCUUGGCCUUUGCCAAAGGCCUAAACAGAACGCUGGUACUGCCACCUUGGAUAGAGUACCGAUACGGUGAACGGAAGUCUAUUCAAAUCCCAUUCGACACUUAUUUCAAAGUACCACCUUUGGAAAAGUACCACAAAGUAGUCACAAUGGAACGGUUCAUGCAAGAAAUUGCCCCAUAUGAGUGGCCCCCUGAUAAGAGGAUAUCGUUUUGUUAUAUGAGCAGGGGUAAUACAGAAAACUGUAACGCAAAAGAAGGUAAUCCGUUUGGACCGUUUUGGGAUACUUUCAAUGUAGAUUUUGUGGCUUCUGAGUUUUAUGGGCCUUUGCACUACGAUAUCACAAAUAAAGAUGUUUUGGCCCAAUGGCUGGACAAGUAUUCGUCUAGUAAAUGGCCUGUUUUAGCUUUCACAGGUGCUCCAGCCAGUUUUCCAGUCUCAAACGAAAACCGCCUUCUACACAAACACCUACAAUGGUCCAAAACCAUUGACCAACAAGCUGAAUCUUUUAUAAAAUCAAAAAUGCCCAAAGGAGCUUUUGUAGGGCUACAUUUGCGCAACGGAGUGGAUUGGGUGCGAGCCUGCGAGCACAUUCCUGAAAGCCCCAAUUUGUUUUCAGCCCCCCAAUGUCUAGGAUACCAAAACGAAAAAGGCAAAGCCACUGCAGACAUGUGUUUGCCUUCAAAAGAAUUAAUUUUAAGGCAAUUGAAGCGAGUAAUUAAGAGUAUUAACAAUAAUAACCAGAAAACUAUUGUAGCUGUUUUUGUUGCUUCAGAUAACAAUCACAUGUUAGAAGAGCUGCAAAGUGGACUAAAACGAAUGGACAUAAGGGUUUUUAAGUUGGAUAAAUCUAGUCCUCAUAUAGAUUUGGCUAUUUUAGGCAAAUCAAAUCAUUUUAUUGGUAAUUGUAUUUCGUCGUUUAGUGCCUUUGUUAAGAGGGAGAGGGAUGUUAAGGGAUUUACUUCGAGUUUUUGGGCUUUUCCUCAAGAGAAAAGUGCUAGUAAGAAGUCAAAACAUGACGAAUUGUAACUUUCAUAGUUUCUUUUUUUACACUUGUGACUAAGAAUCAAAAUUUCUUUUGGUGAAUGCGGUAAAUAGAGUAGCGCCAUCUAUUUUUCAAGCCACAACAUUAACUUUGCGCCUACUCCAAUGCAAGGAGAGUUUUGGAGAAGGCGCAAGAAGAUCAAUAAAAAUGUGAUUGUACGAUAAUUUACAUAUUAAUUACGGAAAUUUUCCAAGCGUCAUAAGACUGCAAUUAAGUAUUUUUAGGUUUUUAAGCGUCAAAUCUCGGAUCACAUCCAAUAAUUGAAAAAUGUGAUACUUUUAUACCAAUGUACGUAGUUAUAAGGCUUUUAUUUUUUUCUAAAAAUGAAUCACUAAUAGUAAUUAAGCCUUUUCAAUAAAAUCAUGACACUGCUAGUAAAUGACAUGUUCUAAUUUUAAACCACCCCAGUCAGCAGGAAUUUAUUAGUCAUGUGCCUCUGAAAAAAUACAGACAUGGAGAUUGAUAUGUUUGUCUUUUCGAUUAUAGUAUAGAAGUCAGUAGCGGCGCUUUGUAGAAUUAAUACACGGAUUUUGGUAUUUCACUCACUAAUACUACAAAAAUGAUUCAUUGCCAGGUAUUUUGAAUUUUUUUUCCUGAAAAACUAUUUUUAACUCAUGUAAAAUUCAAUCCAUUUCAGUUUUCAAGGAAAUUCAACAUCAUUUAUUGCGGGUUUUUUUGGGACCUCUAAUUAAUUAAUUGUGAAUCCCAUGAGAAAAUUGGGAAAUUCAAUCUCAUCAAUUUUAUAAGUAGGUAUCUGACAGGUAUUUUUUUAUAUUUUCGGAAUUUUGUAUUGGCAACACUGAAACUGAAUAAGUUAUAGUAGGCCAUGUACAAUUUACAAUUAAUAAUCUUUCAGCUGACGAUACUGGAGUUACAUUUCUUGUACUGUACACAAAAUUUAUUAGCCUACUCAAGUGCCGAGAAUAAUAAAAAUAAUUUCAAUUUUAUCUUUCCUACUUUAUCUUCAUUUCAUUCUCACACGUUCAAUUUUUUUAUAUCCUUAUCUUCCUCUUAUUUCAAGUUACAAAGUUACUCGAGCAUCAGGAAUAAUUAAAACUUAAGUCAUAAUUUUUUUCUCUCUACUUUAUUUCUAUCUCUUUCUUGCUCAUUCACUUUCUCAAGAUAUAUACUCAUUUCUCUCUCAAAAAGCAUCUGUACACGAUGCGAGAAACUACAUGCGUGAAAGCCUCGAAUCCAAUUUCCAUGCAAUCUCGAACCGUCUAUAAUAAACUAAUCUCGCAUUUACAAAU